CAGUGUCGCAAAGUCACCCACAGUUUGGGUGUGUGUUUGGGUGUGAGUGUCUGCGAGAGAAAAAGAGACAGUAUCUCAGGGGGCUGAUGCGGGGGGGGGAGGGGUUUAACUGGUUACUCGAAAGCAAUAAACAUGCCCUCGGAAUGGAGCGAACGGGUAAAAAGGCGCAAUAAUUCCUCCCACACGGUACUGGCUCGCGUGACACACUGUCUGCACCGCUUCGCGUAGGUCGUAGUGGCAAAAGCGUAGUUUUUCCCCCUGGGCGGUUGUGAUGCGUGCACCACCGCACAGCCGCCGCCGCGGUUUCAUUCGGCUCGGCACGCCAGGCGCACGGAGGGCCGCAUUCAAACGUACGCACGUCGCGACCGGUUUCGGACGUCCCGUAGAGCGGCCGGCCGUAGUGUGCCGCCUGGCCGGAGUGUGCAAUAGUGACAGCGAACCCUAUCCCAUUCAUCCUGCGGGCUCGUGUGAAUAUUAGUGCGGUUCGAUUUCAUUCCGAUUUGUUAAUGAACUGUGAGCGUGUGGUUUGCGCCCGUGCCGUGAAGGAAGCGCUUUGGUAGCGAAGCGAAGCGUGCCAACAGCGGCCACUUAUAUAAGCCCGUCAACGAGUCAAUCUGUCAACCUGUCGGCACCCCGAGCAGAUGCAGCGCUGCUAGACGGCGCGAUCAACUACUGCCGCAAUCAACACAGGACGCUCGCGGGUGCCGUUUGUGUGCUCGGUAAUCGACACGCGAUGUCGACGAUCGGGCGGCGUCGGUGGAAAGUGCUGUUCGCACUAUUGUUGAUCACCCAGCUUGCCGCUGUCAUCGGCUACCACCAUGGCGAUCUGGACGAGACGGUGGAGCACAUUAAAAUCGGUGGACUGUUCGAUGGUGCGACCGAGGAUGUGGAGCUCGCCUUCCAGUACGCGGUCGAGGCGGUCAACAACGAGAAGCUGUCGUACUCGAACUACCAGCUCGAGGCGCAGGCAGUGCAGGUGAAGUACGGCGAUCAGUUCGACGCGUCCAAGAAGCUCUGCCGCCUGCUGAAGACGGGAGUGGCCGGCAUCUUUGGUCCCUCGUCGCCCAAGUCGGCCCUGCACGUGCAGAGCGUCUGCGACGAGAAGGAGAUGCCGCACAUCGAGACGCGCUGGGACGCGUACACCAAGCUGCCCACGCUUAACCUGCACCCGCACCCGCACAUCAUGGGGCGCGUCUUUCUCGAUCUGGUCGUGGCGUUCGAGUGGAAGUCGUUCACCGUGCUGUACGAGUCCGGGCCCUGGUUGCCGGGCAUUGCCGACCUGCUGAAGAUGUACGAUCCGAAGGGGUACACGGUGACGGUGCGGCAGCUAGAUCUCGGGCUGAACGGCAACUAUCGGGCGGUGCUGCGGCGCGUCAAGCUGUCGGAAGAUAAGCGCAUCAUACUGGCCUGCUCGAUCGACUCCAUGCCGGAGGUGCUGCGGCAGGCCCAGCAGGUCGGGCUGCUGACGGAUCACCACCAGAUCAUCGUGACCUCGCUCGAUCUGCACACGAUCGAUCUCGAGCCGUACCAGUACAGUGGCACCAACAUUACCGGCGUGCGGCUGAUCGACCCGGAGGAGGACAAGAUCCGGCAGGUGGCCGACUUCCUGAACGCGUCCCAGAUAGCGAAGACGCUCGAGCUGCAGGACGGGCUGAACCCGGCGAAGAUGCGCGUGGAGACGGCCCUCAUGUACGAUGCGGUGCUGCUGUUUGCCGAGGCGCUGAAGCACCUGAUCGGCAGCGAGCCGGCCCACCUGCUCGAACCGAUCGCGCUCCGUUGCGAUGAUACGGCGACGUGGAAGAACGGGUACAGCGUGAUCAACUACAUGAAGAGCUCCACCAUACACGGGCUGACGCGCAGCAUCCGGUUCGACCAUCAGGGGCACCGGUCGGACUUUCUGCUGGACAUUAUCGAGCUCGGGCCGGCCGGCCUGGAGAAGGUGGGCGUCUGGAACUCGACCGAGGGACUUAACUUUACGCGCAAAAAAGAACAGACGCUGCUGGCAUUCGACGAUGGGACGCUGCAGAAUCGAACAUUUCUCGUGCUGACUGCUAUCUCGCCGCCGUACGGUAUGCUGAAGGACUCGCCCGUGAAGCUGACCGGCAACGAGCGGUUCGAAGGCUUCGGCAUCGAUCUCAUCCACGAGUUGUCGCUGAUGUUGGGCUUUAACUACACCUUCAUACUACAGGAGGACGGCGUGUACGGCUCGCUCAACCGGGACACCAAGAAAUGGAACGGCAUGGUGCUGGAACUACUGGAAUGGCGCGCCGACCUAGCUAUUACUGACCUCACCAUCACGUCCGACCGCGAAAGUGCCGUCGACUUUACGAUGCCCUUCAUGAACCUGGGCAUCUCGAUACUGUACCGCAAGCCCACGAAGGAACCACCGUCGCUGUUCUCGUUCAUGUCACCGUUCUCCAAGCAGGUGUGGCUGUACCUCGGCGGUGCUUACAUGAUGGUCUCGAUGUCACUGUUCAUCCUCGGCCGCAUCUCGCCGAAGGAGUGGGACAACCCGUACCCCUGCAUCGAGGAACCAGAAGAGCUGGAGAACCAGUUCAGCUUCAGCAACUCGAUGUGGUUCACGAUCGGUGCGCUACUGCAGCAAGGUUCGGAAAUUGCGCCCAAAGCACCGGCAACGCGUGCCGUCGCUUCGAUCUGGUGGUUCUUCACGCUCAUCAUGGUAUCGUCCUAUACGGCCAAUCUGGCGGCCUUCCUCACGGUCGAGCAGGUCGUGUCGCCGAUCAGCAAUGCGGAGGAUCUGGCGGCGGCCGGCGGCACAAUCAAGUACGGUGCCAAGCGCGACGGCAGCACGAUCAGCUUCUUCAAGGACGCGGAGUACGGUACGUACGCGAAGAUGUACCAGUACAUGAUGGCGAACCAGGAACUGCUGACCUCCUCCAAUCCCGAGGGGCUGCAGCGCGUCAAGACGGAGAACUACGCCUUCCUGAUGGAGUCCACCUCGAUCGAGUACAUCGUGGAGCGGGAGUGUGACGUCACGCAGAUCGGGGGCCUGCUCGACGACAAGGGCUACGGGAUAGCGAUGCGCAAGAAUUCUCCGUACCGCAGUGCGCUGAGCGAAGCCGUACUGCGGCUCCAGGAACAGGGCGUCCUAACCUCGCUGAAGCGCAAAUGGUGGAAGGAGAAGCGUGGCGGUGGAGCAUGUUCACAAAGCACUAGCGACGAUGGUGCGGAGGAGCUCGACAUGGACAAUGUAGGCGGUGUGUUUUUUGUCCUCUUUGUCGGCUGCUCGUUUGCUAGCCUGUUUGGCUGCUGCGAGUUGUUCUUCGUCAUUGCGCACCGGGCCCGCCGGCACAAGGUACCGUUUCGUGAGGAGCUGAUGGCCGAGCUGCGGUUCGUCGCCAAGUGCCAUGGCAACACCAAACCGGUCCGCCAUCGCAAAAGCUCGUCCGCCUCCGGGGAGAACUCGCUCGAGCUCGACGUGGAGGACUCGACCAGCUCCAGCAAGCAGGACAUUUCUGGCAACGGAAUGGGCGACCGUCUGCCGACUGGCAACCAGCGGAGGCAAAAUGGUGGCAAGUUGGCACUGAACGGAAACACUCGGAAGAUGCUGUCCGAGGACUGAAGUUUCAGGGAACGCAUAGUGAUUUGUUGUUUGAGCGGGAGGUUAAGGACAUUUAGGUGGAGGAUAUUUACGAAGCUCAGAGGAAGAAUUGUACAAGAAACGAGUGAACGUUAAAACAAACACAUAUCUACAGGACACACAACUUAGCCGAAAUGUUCUGAUAUGAAGUAUAGUGCGAAUCUAAAUUCACUUAAGUAAAUAUCCAUAAAUUACGUAACGUUUUGGGUGCAAGAUAUGAAUUACUAUACGAUUUGCUACAAAAAAAGAAAAGUAAUAGCAAUACGUGUUACUAACAAUUUUUAGCAUUCAACAUAAUAUGUUAAAGACUUGAAAUGAGCAUCUGAGCUAGCAUACGCAUGCAUAGGAGAAACAAUUAAUAAAUUAGUUCAAUUGAAUGUUGAUACACAUUGCAAUACUCAACUGUAUACAAUAAGUUUUAUAAAAAGGGAAAAUAUGAAAUUUUGGUUUGCUGCUCGA